AUGUCUUAUGUUGUGCUAGCCCUAGCCAUCUCUGCCGCCGUCGUCUCGACGGAGGCCGCAGGCGGCGUCGACGCGCCGAGUCCAGCUCCGUCGGGGCCUCUCAAUCUGACCGAGAUCCUCAGGAAGGGCACCCAGUACAACGCGUUCAUUCGCCUGCUCAAGGACACCGAGGUGACCUCGCAGGUGGCCAGCCUGCUCGACAGCGACCGGAACGCCGACGGCCUGACGGUGCUGGCCCCGACCGACGCGGCGUUCGCGGGUCUCAGGCCAGGCACGCUCAACCGGAUGGACGCGCAGGCGCAGUCGCAGCUGGUGCUGUUCCACAUCCUGCCCAAGUACUACACCUUCGUGUCGUUCCAGACCACCACCAACCCCGUCCGCACGCAGGCCUCCGGCCAGCACGGCGUGUACACCGUAAACGUCACCAGCGGCGGCGAGCGUCAGGUCAACGUGUCGUCGGGGCUCAUGGAGGCCAUGCUGGGGAAGACGCUCUACUCGGCGUACCCACUGGCGGUGUACUCCGUGGACAAGGUCCUGCUCUCGCCGGCGCUCUUUGGCCGCAGCGACGUGAAGGAUGGAGCCGAGGCACCGGCGGCGGCUUCAAAACCGCAGAAGCAAGCCCCUUCUUCGACGGCGGCUGAUGAUCAAGCUCCUGCUAAUGAGGCUGACGCCACGGCCGCGGGGCAGAUACCACAAGGACCAGGUGGCUGCUGGCUUCUGCUGCUACUGCGUCCGCGGUCGUGCUCAGCCUGCUCUCAUGCUAAGUGA